ACAUAUCACAGAAGACGGCGGUAGCGGAGAGUACGAUCGAGGUUGCAUGCGAGAAUUUUGGAAAAAACAAGGAACCACUUCACAUAGCUAUUCUUAUCCCUCAAAUUUUCAGAGAUUUGGGUUAAGUUUCUUUUUCUUUCUAUCCUGACACCCUAAGUAAUUUAUGAGGAGUUUUGAAGAAAAUGAUGAAGAAGAAGCUGAAAUUGAUUGAGGAGAUAAUGGCAGCUGAAGAAAUAGUUAAGAAUAACACUGAUAGAACUUCACGAAGGAGGAGAAAAAGGAAGCUACAAUACAUAGUGUUUUUUGCAGUAAUAAAAGGAUGGGAAGAGCCAGAUCGACAUGUGCUUCUGGGAAACCACCAGAGACGCUUGGAUGUAUGCUGCUGUUGAGCCCCUAGUGGAACCACAGCCCUUCUUUACAUUACUCGAAGAUAUGCUUUUCUGAUGCAGUACGGUGGAAGUAUGUCAUACAUGGGUUGCUAGAAACGAUGGAGUCGAUAUCCAGAGGCUCGAAUGAGUGGAUUCUGAUUAUGCCUCAUUUUUGCAACAUGCAGGCGUUCCAUCAAUUGAAUUAGACUACAGAAAAAGGUAAGUUUUUCUCAUGUUCGAUGUAAUUUUGCCUCUUCUGGCAUUAGUUCUGUAGGUGAAUUAUUUUUAUGUGUCACCAACUUCACUUUGUUCUGAAGGUGACAGAUAAUAUUAUUUUCGAAGGUGAUAAAUGUGUGUGAUAUGCUGUCAAUUUGUCACACAACUUAGUGCCACUUAUGCCGCUUUUAUGUCACAAGAACUUACUGAAAUAUGAACUUCCACUCUGUCAGUUUGUUUGUAAUUACUGUCAACGAAGUAUAUCAUAUGAAUGGUAAGUAGAAUAUAUGUUAUGUUGAAACCAAAAUGUGAAUGCCAAGUAUAAUGAAUUCAAAGCCAAUAUUUUGAAUUAAGGAAUAUUUUUUAUGAACUUGUUGUUGUUCCUUAUCUGGGGUCUCUAGUGCUCUUCUGUAAGGAAGGAUAUAAGAAGCUGUAUAGGAUAGAUCCUGCUGCACUAUGCAUAAGACAUUGGGAGUGAGCUAAAGCAAGUUAACAAGAAGAAUCUUGAUAAUCAUGAGUACUGCAAUAGUCUGUUUCUUUAGGUGUUUUAUAUGCUGUUUUUUUGUUGUACUGAAUAGCUGUUUUUCUUCUUCUUAAACGUUUGUCAUGGUUAGAUGGUUUCAGACAAUAAAAGUAAAAUCCGCAUUUAGUAAUUAGACUGCCUAUAUGUUAAUCAUGAGCAUCUUGAAUAGUGAGUUCAGUUGAUUAAGUAAAGAUUACCUUUAUUUUUCUAGUGGUUAUAAACUGAAUUUAAAGUAUAUUCUGCUGUGUGUAUGGAUUGAGGCGGUGAAGACUUAUGGGUUUGGGUAUUAGUUUGAGGCUAUAUUUUGGCAUGAACUGAAGGUAUAAUUUGAAGCUAGACAUAUUAGACUUCUUGCAGUUGCUUUCUAUUUAGUUUCAUGGUCAGUUUCUGUAUAGGUCUGGGUAUUAGUUCCCAGAUAUUUAAGACAAGAAAUCUUGGUUUCUGGACCUUUGAUUCAAAGUUAUUGAAUGGAUUUGGAUUGUAUUGAACUGUGUUUCUAAUGAAUUGAAUUGAAAUUAUGUUGAUUUCGAUUUAUAUCUCCUUUCAAUUUUUCUUUUGCCUUACUCUGUUUUUAUGAUUUUAAGGCUCUUACUGUUAUUGUAUCAGAUGUGCGCCACGUGGAACCUAAUUACUGUGGUUAGUAGAACUGACUUGAGUUAAUAAUUUAACUGAAGGGUAAUACAGGUCAUCUCAGGUGACCCUGAAACACCAGUUAACUUGUAACUGGACGGAAUUCUUUGUAACAGGAGAUAUUUGUAAAUUUCCACAAAAUGGGACUUAUUUGUAAACAACUUUCAAAAACGGGACAUAUAAGUAAAAAGCCCAAUAAUAAGAAAGAACAAAUCUGCAUGAGUUCAUUUCUGAUAUUUACAUGUAAGAACUUAGAAUCUCAUUCUCAUUGAGUUGUGAUAUGUUCUGUAACCAACAAGUUGCAGUGAGAUUCUUGCGGUGAGAUUCUUUCUCACGUUACAUUAACCCCUGUAGUCCUGUACAAAGUCAUAAGCUUCUUUUUGUAUGAUCCACUCUCUCUUUUUUUUUUUUGAAUAAUAGCUGGAUUUAAUUCAAGUUAAACAAGUAUUAAAUUUACUCUCUCUUACAAUGUCAACGACUCAAUAAUACUACUUUUAUUGUUAUGCCAGCUAGCCAAAUUAAUACUAAUGGAAAAUGACUUGCAUAUUAGGCUAAAUACGAUGGCACUUUCGUGCCACGCUGGCUGCAAUCACCCUAUCUGUAACCGCUUCCCUUUUUUGUAAUCGGGAUAUAACAAAUUUCGUGUUUCACUAUUAAGUUUCUAGUUUCUUGACCUGUUGAAAGCUCCAAAAAAUUGAGACUCAAUCUAAAAAAACAGAGACAAUGGCUGAAAUACCAAAACACCAUGUUCCUGAAGAAAACAACACAACAUCUGAAAAAACAGGAAUUCAAGAGGAGGUGCCAUAUUUGGCUCUUGACAUCGGAGGAUCACUAAUCAAGCUAGUGUAUUUCUCGAGAUAUGAGCAAUCACCGGCAGAAGAUCACGACAAUACUGACAUGAUGAAGGCUUUGGAGCAUAGAAGUCACCCUGUUCAUGGCGGAUGGCUUCAUUUCGUAAAGUUUGAGACAAGGGAUAUCAAUCAGUGUUUGGAUUUUAUCAAAUUCAAGCAGCUUCAUUGCCGAGUUGGAACUGAUAUGGAAAGCAAACAAAAAGGAAUUGCUGCAAAAAUUAAGGUCACUGGGGCUGGAGCACACAAGUUUGCGGAUUUGUUUAUGGAAAAGAUUGGUGUUACAGUCGAAAAAGAAGAUGAGAUGGAUUGUUUAGCAAUUGGAGCGAAUUUCUUGCUUAAGGUAAUCCAAAACGAAGCGUUUACCUUCAUAGAGGGCAAAAAGGAAAGUGUUGAUAUCAAUAAGAAUGAUUUGUUCCCUUACAUUUUUGUGAAUAUUGGUUCUGGUGUUAGCAUACACAAGGUUGCAGGAGAUGGCAAUUCUGAAUUAGUUGAUGGAACUCGUAUUGGUGGCAUUACUUGUUGGGGGCUUGGGAGGUGGUUGACGAAAUGCAAGAGCUUUAAUGAGAUCAUAGAGUUGAGUAAAUGCGGAAACACUAAAAGAAUAGAUUUAUUUGUCGAAGACACCUUUGGUGAUCGGGAAUAUGUUGAGAAACAUACUAAUAAGUGGACUGGACCGCCUAACAUGAAUAUCGGAAGUUUUGGAAAGGCAAUCUCUGAAAAUAAAACACUUGAAGAUUGCAACGCGGAAGAUAUAUCUUUGUCUCUGUUGGAAAUGAUUUCGCACAACAUUGCACAGAUUGCCUCCUUGAAUGCCCGUAUAUAUGGAAUCAAGAGGAUCUUUUUUGGAGGAUCUUUUAUGAAGGACAAUGCAUGUGCCUUGGCGACCCUGUCAUCUUCAGUUCAUUACGCAUCAAAAGGUACAGCAAAAGCAAUGUUUUUAAGGCAUGAAGGAUUUGUAGGAGCAUUAGGUGCGCUCACAAGCUAUGAGAAUAAGCAUGACCUUUUUAUUAUGGAUAAUGACAAGAUGUGGAAACUACCUUAAAGAGCACAGUUUCAUUGCCAUGAUCCACUUUGAAAUUUUAGGGACUAGGAACCACAGAGUUUCUCAGUUCAAUCGCAUAGUAAAUGCCAACAGAAAGCUGCCAUGCAAUCUGCAAAUUUAUCACAGAUUGUUUUGUCUUUUUUUGCGUGUAUAACUGUUCUUAAGAUUGUCAUAAAAAACAACACUCUACGGUUUACAUUACUUCCAAUUACGACAGGCCUCUGAUAGGCCUCUCAGAUUCCAUUUAAGUUUCGACAAUGAAGGUUGAUUAAAUCCCCAUCUAAGAAGAAUUCCAUCAGUAUGGUGUAAAUGUAGCAGAGCUCUCUAGCCAACUCUCUUAUGUAAGAAGAGAUGACAAUCAGGUGGCUGACGCAGUUUCUAGAUCUGUGUGGGAAACAACCAUCAACUUAGAACUCACAAAUAAUUUCCCUGAAGAUAUAUGUACUCUUCUGGCAAGGGACUACACCCUUGCUAUGAAUUAAUAAACUUUUUCUUCGUAUCAAAAAAAAAAAAAAAAAAAAAAAGA